AUAUUAGAAUCUCAUAAUUUUUUUUAAUGUUGAGAUUAGAUUUUAAGAUGGCGUGCAGACAUUUUUGUUCCUUUGCUCUCUUCAUUUUCCAUUCGUAGACGCCAAGAACCCUAACAGAAGCUGAAAUAUUUGGGGAAGGUGGUUUUGCAUGUGUGCAUUUAUGGGAUUUGGAUAAUUUACCCCGUUUACUGGUUCGACUUUAUUUGAGCUCAAACAAAGGAGAAUGCAAUGGACUUGGAUAAUCUGUGAGGAUAUUUAACAUAGUGUACAUUCACUGGAUUGUAUACCUGCAAAUAGUUUCAUCAUUUGGUGUUGUGAUGGAUGGUGAUAAUGGUCUCAACAUCCGUAACUGGGGUUACUAUGAACCGGCCACAUCGUUUAAGAGCCAUCUGGGGCUGCAGCUGAUGUCAUCCAUGCCGGAAAAGCCUUUAAUCGGAGGGCGCAAUGCUGCGGUUUUAUCUGUUACAAAUGGGGCAUUUCACCACAGAGACAUUGGUAUGUCCCACGCUACAUACCCUAUGGAAUACUUUAGAGAUGCUUGGAUUAGUAGUUAUAGUGACAAGUAUAUGAAUAUGAUACCUACAAAUCAUAACUAUGGUUGUAUUCCAGAGACAUCUUCGGCACAUCAAAUUCAAAUGAUUCCACCGCCGGAAUUGCCGAAGGAAGAAAGGGAAGUGGAAGAGGAAGCUGUUGUUGAGAAGGCAACUGGGGGCAGUCGUAAGAAAAGACAGAGUCCUAAGGUGCCGAAAUCUCCCAAGGCAAAGAAGUCCAAGAGGGGCCCUCGUGUGCCAAAGAAUGAGAAUGCUCCCACAGUUCAUCGUGCAAGGGUUCCAAAGAAAACUACUGAAAUUGUAAUAAAUGGAAUAGACAUGGAUAUUUCUAGUAUUCCAAUCCCUGUUUGUUCAUGCACUGGAGCACCUCAACAGUGUUACAGAUGGGGCUCUGGAGGGUGGCAAUCUGCAUUUUGCACAACAGGCAUGUCAUUUUAUCCUUUGCCUAUGAGUACCAAGCGGCGUGGUGCUAGGAUAGCUGGAAGGAAAAUGAGUAUAGGAGCAUUUAAGAAAGUUUUUGAGAAACUUGCAGCUGAGGGUUAUAACUUUUCUAAUCCUAUUGAUUUGAGGACUUAUUGGGCAAAACAUGGCACCAACAAGUUUGUCACUAUUAGGUAGGUCUCAUCUAUUUUCGUCGACUAGCUUUUUAUUCCUUUCAAUCUGUUUGUCAUGUAUAUAUAUGUGUAGUGGCCAUAGACUGAGGCUUCUUAGUGGUUUGUAGUUCCAGAAUUUUCGAGGUCACAAGACAUUUCCUGUUCUUUUCUGACUUUAGUAUCAUCACUUCUUUGGAUUGAGUGCCUGGGUAUUCAAUCAUUCGGUUGGUGGGUUGGUUCUGACAGGGAACAAGCUGAUAGCAUCUUGUCUUAUUUAUAUUUAGAAGUAAAUUUUAUCAGUUCAU